GGUUCUAAGCUAUUUUGCACAUUUUCUUUCUCAUAGUUUCAAAAUUGUUGCAUUAAAAUGUUGUUUUAUAAUAUUUUAUCUCUUAUUUGUCAAUAAGCCUCUUAUAAACAUGGAAGAUAAUUCAAUGAAUCAUUUUGCAAAUGCCACAAAUUACGACGAAGGAGUCGAAGAAGUAAAUUGGUUUGAAGAUGUUAUUGUAGAUUCCGUAACAACAAUGGCGCAAGCAUCCUUGCCUCCGGAUCUUAACGUGUCAGCAGAUGGCAGUGGUGAUGAUGAUGAUACUAGACUGACUUUAGCCUAUGAGAACCUAUAUGAAGUUCCAAGGACAAUUGUUGAAAGAUUUUCAGAUCAUAUUAAAUACCUAGAUAUUAGUCAUAACAAAAUUACUAAUUUAGAUGCCAUAGUACAUUUCAAGCAUUUGACAUCACUGAUAGUGGAUACAAAUCCGAUCACAGAGAACUGUACCCUGCCUCCACUGCCUAAACUGCAGCUACUGUGGUUGAAUCAUUGUAAAAUUUCAUCCCUGUACCCAUGGGCAGGUAAAUUAAAGGAAUCCUGUCCCAAUUUGGAGUACCUGAGUCUUAUGGGCAACCCGGCUGCACCAAGUUACUUCAACGGUGGCACAUUCUAUGAAUACCUACAGUAUAGAUUAUUUAUAAUCUCGAAGUUUCCAUCGUUAACUCAUCUGGAUGAUAGAAGAGUGACUGAAGAUGAAACAGCAGAAGCUAACCGUCUCUACAAAAGACCAUUGGUAGAGAGACUAGUUCGACCGGGAUCAGGUGGAUUGAACCAGUUAAUCCACAGCUCCGUCUCCUGGAAUGCCUUCCAGAAUAGAAUAAGCUCCCUCUGGACGAAGGAUAAACAGGGAACAAAGAAUUUGUUGAUAUGACGCCUAAAUAUACGGUAAAUAUGAUCUUAAUUUUAUAACAUCAUACACAAUUUAGA